UUGUAGGUAGUACAAGAACUGAAAAAUAAUUUUUGGUUGCCAGUAUACCUGUAGUCGUUGCACUGAUCAGUCGAUAGUUUUGUGAUAAAUUAUUUCUCAAGUGAAUUAAAUUAUUAACCAUGGGACGUGAUUCUAGAAAGGUUUCAAGAGAACUUCGGAGUUCUGAAAAAAUUAAUAAGUCGCGUUCAGUCAAAAGAAAGAAUGUUUUUAAUCCGAAAACAGCCGAACGUGAUGAAAGUAUUCAGAGUACAUCUUCUAAAAAAUUAAAACAAAACACUGAAGAUGAUGUACCUGAAGACAGCAGUACUGAAUUUCGAAUAAUAAAUUUUAUUCAGGUAUUCACUGCAAUUUCUGCUCUUAUAAAAUGUAAAAAAUGUGAUGGAAAUGUAGUGUUUCAAACAGCAAGUACACGUGGGCUGGGAUUCAAAAUUGUAGUUGCAUGUAAUAACUGUGGAAAUGAAUAUAUUCCUUCCUGUUCUUUCGUUGGGCAUUCUUAUGAAAUAAACAGACGUUUCAUUUUUGUAAUGAGAAUACUAGGAAUAGGAUACGAAGGAUUGUGCAAGUUUUGCGGCCUGAUGGACAUGCCGUCUUUUUUAGAUAAAUCUACGCAUACAAUUUUACUGAAACAGAUUUUGAAUUGUAGUAAAGCCGUCGCAGAAACCUUCAUGACGAAAGCUGUGAAUGAAGAAAAGCAAGCAAUGCCAACAACUGAAAAUGAAGAUAUAAAUCAUCUAACUGUAUCGGGAGAUGGAACCUGGCAAAAACGGGGAUAUACAUCGUCAUUUGGAGUUUCUUCUAUAAUUGGCUAUUUUACUGGAAAGAUUCUUGACAUAAACAUUAAAAGUGCAUAUUGUAAGCUAUGUGAGUAUUGGAAAAAAAAAACAAAUACUGUUGAGUUCGAGGAAUGGUAUCAAUCGCAUGAAGAUGUGUGUUCUGCUAAUCAUCAAGGGUCUUCUGGGAAAAUGGAGGUGGAUGCGAUGGUCGAAAUGUUUUCGUAUUCUGAAACUAAAUAUGGAGUUAAGUAUGCCAACUAUAUUGGUGAUGGUGACUCCAAGACCUAUUCAGGAAUUAUAAAAUCAGAUCCUUACGAAAAUACAACUGUAAAUAAAAAGGAAUGUAUAGGGCAUGUCCAAAAGCGGAUGGGGAGUCGAUUACGUACGCUGAAGAGUAAACAAAAAGGUCUUGGUGGUCGAGGUAAGCUCACAGGAAAAUUAAUAGACAAACUAACUGUGUACUAUGGUUUAGCAAUACGCCGGCAUUGUGAUUCUAUUGAAAAUAUGAAAUCUGCUAUAAUGGCAACCUUUUAUCACUACGGCUCGAGUGAUGAAAAACCGAAUCAUGAUAUGUGUCCAAAAGGCGAAGAAUCUUGGUGCUCUUACCAGCGCGCUGAAGCAAGAGGAGAGCUUGAUACCUUUUCUCACGAUUAUUCUCCUUUACCUUCUGAUGUUUUAAAAGCUAUCAAGCCUAUAUACGAAGAUCUUAGUAAUGAAAAUUUACUUUCAAGAUGUGUAGGUGGAUUCAAUCAGAAUAAUAAUGAAAGCUUUAACCAACUAGUAUGGAAAAUAUGUCCAAAAACGGUAAAUACUAGUUUUACUAUCGUACAAAUAGCUGCAUACGUUGCUAUGUGUAUAUUUAAUGAGGGUAUAAAUUCAUUAUUAGUCUUGAUGAAUACACUAGGACUUAAUUGUGGGCCUAAUUCUCAUCGGUAUGCAGAAAGAAUGGAUGCUGCACGUAUCAAAGUAGCAGAUAAGCGCGCUAAUGAUAACACCCGAGAAGGUCGAUUGCAACGUAGGCACCAGCAAAUCGAUAUUUUGGAAGCUGCUAUGUCGGCUGAAGAGCUAUUAUAUGGUCCAGGAAUAGAUGACUCAGUAUGAAUCUCCAAGGACUUAUGAUGAUCACCGCAAAGGACUUCGGGAGGAACGGGCUCUACAAAAACAGCGAUAACUUUUUGAAUUAUUAAUUUUUUUUUUUGAAAUUUUCGUGAAGUCAAAUCGAAACGUGUUCUAAUAAAGCUAUGUUUUUAUUUUUGUCAAAUAAAGUAAUUAACUACAAAAAAAAAAUUAUUGAAAAUCAUCAUUUUUUCAUACCCCUGAGU